CUCGUCAACGGGAGGAGUUACUAUUGAGUGGCAAUCGCUUAACGGUUCAGCCCAAUGAUAGAGUCACAGCGUCGAAAGUCAGCGAUCACGUGAGAUUAAAGUGGAAACAAAAAUUCAGAUUGAAAUAAUAAGUAAAAAUACGAAUGUAAGCGGGUUUGAAAUAAUCAACGAAUCUUUCGAUUUAACGGAGAUAAAACGAAGGCGCAUUUUCCUGUAGCGACGCGAGAUCGAUUAGUGCGAUAGCGACUUGAUCAUAGACGACUUACACAUGAGUGAAUGAAGUGUCAUCAGUGCUUAUAAGCUUUACCGAUUGUGUUUAAAAUGUCAUGUGUCGUGACAACAUUUUAAUAGGAAAUUGCUGAAGCCGAGGGGAAAAAAAGCGUCAUUGAACUUUACUGACCACAACUCGUGAGAUCCGAGAGUAGUGCAGUGAUUUAUCGAAUAAACCAGUCGUCCCAUCACUAUCCUCAUAAAUCUCGGGAAAAUCUUUAAAAGGACACGAGAAUAUCCAUUGAUCAGGAGAAAAAAAAUUACGAAAGAUGGGUUCGCUGCAGCAGCAAUCGGUGCUCAGAGGCGAGAGGAUCGCCUGGGGCAACCACGCUUUGGUCCACCAGAUGUUUCGCGAAAUCUCAUCAGCCAAUGCCGAGAAAACCGCGAUCAUUUACGAGAGCGAGGACGAGCAACAGCAUUCCGUGACGUACGCGGAGCUCGAAAAUUCGAGCAACAGGAUCGCGCGAAUUUUAAGAAAAAUUUGCAAACCCCGAGAAAAUGCAGAUCCCAUUGUGGCUGUUUCGAUGAGGCCUUCUCUCGGCUUGCCGCUUACCUUACUCUCCAUACUCAAAUCUGGAAUGGCUUAUUUACCGUUGGAUGCUGAAUUUCCAUCCUCGAGGGUGAAGCACAUACUCCAAGAAUCAGAACCACUCAUGGUGAUAAUCGAUGCUAAUGGCGACAGAUCUUCUUACGAAGACACACCAUUCAUUACGUUUGAGGAACUAUGGGAAGAGGCUAAAAAUGAAGAUUCUGAUGUGCUAUCCCUCGACGAACAUCCCGAGCAAAUUGCCAUUGUACUCUACACUUCCGGCAGCACAGGCAUUCCGAAAGGUGUCAGAUUGCCUCACGCUACUUUGUUGAACCGACUUCAAUGGCAGUGGCGCAAACUUCCAUACGGGAAUGACGAAGAACGUUGUAUUUUCAAAACCGCGCUAACUUUUGUCGAUAGUGCUCCCGAAAUUUGGGGACCGCUUCUUCAAGGUCGUACGAUCGUUGUUGUUCCUCGUUCAACAACGAAGAAUCCAGUCAAGUUUGUUAAAGUACUGGAAAAGCACCAGAUUCGUCGCUUGGUUCUGGUACCGUCACUUCUCCGCUCACUGCUCGUCUACCUCGGCCUCCGAGAAAAAGCUGAUCCGCUGGCUCAUCUGAAGCUGUGGAUAUGUUCAGGGGAGUCGCUCCCACAGUCGCUCGCCGAACAAUUUUUUCAACGAUUUACGACCGGUCAACACGUAUUGGCUAAUUUUUACGGGAGCACGGAGGUGAUGGGGGACGUGACAUACCAUUUGGUGACAAAAAUGGAGCAGCUGGAAAAUUUCGAGAAAGUACCGAUUGGACGACCGCUCGAUAAUUGUAUAAUUUAUCUCGUCAACAAGGACAUGUGCCCCGUGAGUCAGGGCGAGGUUGGUGAGCUGGUUGUAGCCGGACGAAAUUUGGCAGCAGGUUACAUACGCGGUCGAGAUCCUCACAAAUUCAUCAACAACCCACACGCGAUCGACCCAGAAUACUCGACGAUCUAUCGAACCGGCGAUUAUGCGAGAAUUGUCAAGGGAAUUCUCGUUUAUGAAGGACGAACCGAUGCUCAGAUCAAAAUACGAGGACAUCGUGUCGAUCUCGCUGAAGUUGAGAGGGCAGUGACCGCUGCACCGGGUGUCGAUAAAGCCACCGUUUUGUGUUACAAACCUGGCGAACUUUCUCAGGCGAUGAUUGCUUUCGUCACGGCGAAGCCAGAAACGUCGAUUUCCGGUCUGCAGACCGAGGAUUAUCUUCAGAGCCAACUACCCCCGUACAUGGUUCCUCAAGUUAUCGUUAUCGACUCGAUUCCGUUGCUCGUAAAUGGAAAAACUGACAGGCAAACGUUGUUGCAACAGUACGAGUCGUCGAGUCUCGCAGAAAGAGAAGAGACCGUGGAUUGCGAUUACAAUGGUGUGCCGGAAAAUCAGCUUGAAAAAGCAAAAAUUCUUUUCCCUACCGUAGCCGCGGUGAUCGGAAAAAGUGGGCGUUCAACCGUGAACGUUAACGCAAACUUUUACAGACUCGGCGGUGACUCACUCAACUCCAUUUACACCGUCACGAAACUACAGGACCAAGGAUAUCACAUAAGCAUCACCGAUUUCAUAGCCGCUAAAAAAAUGUCCGAUAUUCUUGACAAAAUGACUGUUUUCAACGACUCAAACGAACCUGAAAUACCAAUGGAAGAACAGCAAUACGCUAUCGAACAACUGAAUCAUUCUCACAAACAACAAGUUAUAGAAAUAAUAACGGACAGUUUUUACACGAAAGCCGAUUUGGAAAGAUGGCUCCUUCCGAAUCUCCAUAGAAACGAUUACACGGAGUUGAUGGGAAAGUUGUGGGACUCAUUGGUCGAGAAGGGUUUCUGUUUCGUGAUAAAAUCAUCAGAGAACGACGAGAAAAUUCUUGCGGUGUCAUUGAACUUUGAUGCACGGGAUGAACCGGAAGUUACGAUAGAUUCGAAGUUGACGAUAAUAUUUGAGUUUCUGGAGAGUCUCGAGGGCCCGAUUCGCGAAGGACAAUUGCCGCAAGGCAAAGGCCAGAUUUUCCAUACCUUCAUGAUGGGCACGAACAGUGAAUUGAGCUCGGCUGAAAAUGUUAUUAUGAUGAAAAUCAUGGAGGACGAGUGUCUGAGGUUGGCCAAGAGGAAAAAUUUCGCCGGUAUUUUUACUACGAACACGAGCCCUUUGACCCAACAGCUUGGUUCGGAUAUUUAUAAUUAUGAGGUUUUGCUCGAUUAUCAAGUCAACAAGUACGUCGCACCCGAUGGAACGAAACCUUUUGGAAAAGCACCAGAUAAUCAACGAGCUCUUUGCUCCUGGAAAUCAAUCUCUUAGAUUAUUAUCUCAGAACCACUAGAGCUGAGACGUGUCGAAAAUCUUUGCUCUUCACUGUACAUACAUUGUAAAUAGUCCAUAAUGUAUCAAUUAUUUGUGAGAUUAAAUAAACAUAGUUAUAUAUU